AAGUCGCCUGCAGCCCCAGGGCCCGGGGGCGGGGCUAGGAGCGAGGGGCGACCGUUGGGGCCGUUGGGGGCCGUUGGGCCGGGGGCCGCGGGCUGCGCGCGGCGGGAGGAUGCGGCAGCGCCUGCCGGGCAGGUUAUAAAGCAGCUAAAUGGAGUCUGAGCAGCUGUUUCAUAGAGGCUACUAUCGAAACAGUUACAACAGUAUAACUAGUGCAAGCAGCGAUGAGGAGCUUUUAGAUGGAGCAGGUGUAAUUAUGGACUUUCAGACGUCUGAAGAUGACAAUCUCUUGGAUGGUGAUGCAUCAAUUGGAACUCAUUAUACAAUGACAAAUGGAGGAAGCAUCAACAGUUCAACGCAUUUACUGGAUCUUCUGGAUGAACCAAUUCCUGGAGUAGGAACGUACGAUGACUUCCAUACCAUUGACUGGGUUCGAGAGAAGUGCAAAGACAGAGAAAGGCAUAGACGGAUUAACAGCAAGAAGAAAGAAUCAGCAUGGGAGAUGACAAAAAGCUUGUAUGAUGCAUGGUCAGGAUGGCUCGUAGUCACACUAACUGGCUUGGCAUCAGGGGCACUGGCAGGAUUAAUCGAUAUUGCUGCUGACUGGAUGACUGACUUAAAGGAAGGCAUUUGCCUUAGUGCUUUUUGGUUUAACCAUGAACAGUGUUGUUGGGGUUCAAAUGAGACCACGUUUGAAGAGAGAGAUAAAUGUCCACAGUGGAAAACAUGGGCAGAAUUAAUAAUUGGGCAAGCAGAGGGGCCAGGUUCAUACAUAAUGAACUACAUAAUGUACAUUUUCUGGGCUUUGAGCUUUGCCUUCUUAGCAGUGUCUCUGGUGAAGGUGUUUGCUCCAUAUGCCUGUGGCUCUGGGAUUCCUGAGAUAAAAACUAUUUUGAGCGGCUUCAUCAUCAGAGGUUAUCUAGGAAAGUGGACUUUGAUGAUAAAAACCAUCACUUUAGUCUUGGCUGUAGCAUCGGGUUUGAGUUUAGGAAAGGAAGGUCCCUUGGUACAUGUUGCCUGCUGCUGUGGGAAUAUUUUUUCCUACCUCUUUCCAAAGUACAGCACAAAUGAAGCUAAAAAACGAGAGGUGUUGUCAGCUGCCUCAGCAGCAGGAGUAUCUGUAGCCUUUGGUGCCCCAAUUGGUGGAGUCCUUUUCAGUCUGGAGGAGGUCAGUUAUUAUUUCCCCCUGAAAACUUUAUGGAGAUCAUUUUUUGCUGCUUUAGUAGCUGCAUUUGUUUUAAGGUCCAUCAAUCCUUUUGGUAAUAGCCGCUUAGUUCUUUUUUAUGUGGAAUAUCACACUCCUUGGUACCUAUUUGAACUGCUUCCUUUUAUUCUUCUGGGAGUAUUUGGUGGGCUCUGGGGAGCAUUUUUCAUUCGAGCAAACAUCGCAUGGUGUCGUCGACGCAAAUCUACAAAAUUUGGGAAGUACCCUGUCCUGGAGGUUAUUAUUGUUGCAGCAAUAACAGCUGUCAUCGCAUUUCCUAAUCCAUAUACAAGGCUAAACACCAGUGAGCUUAUUAAAGAGCUGUUCACGGACUGUGGGCCGUUAGAAUCCUCCUCCCUCUGCGACUACAGAAAUGAUAUGAACGCAAGCAAAAUAGUAGAUGAUAUUCCUGACCGCCCAGCAGGCACCGGAGUUUAUUCAGCUAUAUGGCAGCUGUGUUUAGCACUCAUAUUUAAAAUAAUCAUGACGGUCUUCACCUUUGGUAUCAAGGUUCCAUCUGGGUUGUUCAUACCUAGCAUGGCAAUUGGAGCCAUAGCAGGAAGGAUUGUGGGAAUUGCAGUGGAGCAGCUGGCUUACUACCAUCACGACUGGUUCAUUUUCAAAGAAUGGUGUGAAGUCGGAGCUGACUGCAUUACACCUGGUCUUUAUGCCAUGGUUGGUGCUGCUGCAUGCUUAGGUGGCGUGACAAGGAUGACUGUGUCCCUGGUAGUUAUUGUCUUUGAGCUAACAGGAGGGCUGGAAUAUAUUGUGCCCCUAAUGGCUGCAGUCAUGACCAGUAAGUGGGUAGGAGAUGCCUUUGGUAGGGAAGGCAUCUAUGAGGCGCACAUCCGACUGAAUGGAUAUCCCUUCUUGGAUGCAAAGGAGGAGUUUACUCACACAACACUGGCCGCUGAUGUAAUGAGACCUCGAAGAAGUGAUCCGCCGUUAGCAGUUCUGACGCAGGAUAAUAUGACAGUUGAAGACAUAGAAAACUUGAUCAACGAAACCAGCUAUAACGGUUUUCCUGUUAUUAUGUCAAAAGAAUCGCAGAGACUGGUGGGCUUUGCUUUAAGAAGAGAUUUAACUAUCGCAAUAGAAAGUGCUAGAAAGAAGCAGGAAGGGAUUGUUGGCAGUUCCAGGGUCUGUUUUGCCCAGCAUACCCCAUCGCUUCCAGCAGAAAGCCCUAGGCCUUUGAAGCUUAGAAGCAUACUUGACAUGAGCCCUUUCACCGUGACAGACCACACGCCCAUGGAAAUAGUGGUUGAUAUUUUCCGGAAGCUGGGUUUGAGGCAGUGCCUUGUAACACACAACGGGAUUGUCUUGGGGAUCAUCACAAAGAAGAACAUAUUAGAGCAUCUCGAGCAACUAAAGCAGCACGUCGAACCCUUGGCGCCUCCUUGGCAUUAUAACAAAAAAAGAUAUCCUCCGUCAUAUGGCCCAGACGGCAAACCAAGACCCCGCCUCAAUAAUGUUCAACUGAAACCCAUAGCUGAGGAGAGAGAGGAAACUGAAGAGGAGGUUCAUUUGUUGAAUAGCACAACACUUUAGUCUGGGAGAUACUUCUAAAAUCAGAAACGAGAGCUGGGUUUUUGCGUAACAGUGCUGCUGGAAAUCAGGAGUUGGUCUGGGGGAAGCUGUGGAGAGGAGGAAGGCUGAUGGGAGCGUGCGAAGGGAGAGCUGCUGUCCUGCACUGGAUGCGUCCCGAGGCGUCAGGUCUGCCAUGAUAGUGCAGUGGGAGAGCCGUGCGAGGUGGCGCAAUUCUCCAGCCCCAGCCUGGUACUUCAGCAUUGAAGAGAUGUGUUCUUAGUCCCUGUUUCUGGAGGGAUCAUUCCGAAUUGAGCCAUCUUAUGGAGACUGAAAGGUCUUGCCCUUUUUACCACUGAAAACUGUUGUGUUAACUCAUGAAAUGUAUAAUUAUUACACGUCACCUUUCUACAUUCCAGAAGAGCUUUAUUUCUCUCUCUCCUGAGCCGUAACAAAGCCUCUUUAAAAUUGGUGUGCCCUUUUGAAGCAGUUGUUUCUCAUAUUGAGAUGUACUGUGAGUUACUGAGGUUGGAUCACAAGAAGGGAGGUUUUUCUUGUGCCAUUAAACGUGUAAGUUUGUACAUCAUGAAAUGCUUGGGGCAGUACAGAUCCACUGCAACAAAAACAGAUGGAACAGGUAAUACCUUGCAAGAGCCAUGCGAGACAUCUUUCAGCCCAUGCGCUGUGAUAAUGAGAAAAAUGAAACGUUAAACUAGAGUUUCAGAGAAAAAUACUGUUUUUGCUGCAGAAAAUAUCAAUAAUGUGACCUGGUCUUAUGCAAUUUUUGUAUUAUUGAAAACACUAGGAUAUAUACCAAUGUUGUGCAGUAUAAGGAAGAGUACUGCUAUCUACUAGUUAAGAGCUGGAACAAUUCUGUAUACGUGUAUCUGGUAAAAAAUGCAUGCUACAACACUGGAGAUAUUUUUUCCCCCCCUGUAAAAUUUGAGACUGCUCAUUUUUAUUUUUUCUUCUCCACAAAAGAUGUUCCACUGCUGACAUGGUAGGAAGAAAUGUAACUCAUAACUUGCACUAAAUGUAUAUUAUUUUUCUUGAAGUUUUACCAUUCUUUAUUUAUAUUUUUAUGAAUUAAAAAAUCUAUUAAAUACAAAUCAGUUAAUAUCUCACAUAACUAAUUACCUUUUUAAUGUGAUUUUAUAGAAUAAUUCACAAUCCUCUCUGAGUAAUGGAGGAUUAGCAAAUGUUUACAACUAGAUGAAGGGUUUAAACAAAAUGGUUUCUUUAUGAUCCAACAUGCAUAUAAGAUCAUUUUCAAAUGUAACUUUCACUGCCGUUACUUUUUGAGCAGAUAACUGGAACAGUAAUAGUAGAAAUAUUAUUAAAAGAAAUAAAACUUCAGGGUUUUAAAAAUAAUAAAAAGCAACUCUACGUAUUAGAUUGCUUUUGACUUUUUUCCAAGUAUAUAGAGCUAUAAAUGAUAUAUAGCCACUGAAGAUGAGCGGCAGGGCAGAAUCAAAUCCAGUACUUGAAAGUUUGGCAGGACUUCAAAGUUGAGCAGCAACACACAGGGCGGCAGCAGGUGAACUGACCAAUUCCUAACAGCCUAACUUUUCUUUCGGUCACCAAUUAAUUUGUUUCAGUCAUUUUUUCAAACUGUCACAAACACAUGCGGACACAAAGGCAAUGUGCCAUAAGUGAAGCAGGGAGGAAAAACCUCAAGAAAUAUGGCGUAGAGAAUCAUGUUUUACAAAAUGUGGCUAGAUAAAAUUUCCUUAUUAACAGUUAUGACCACAGGACUCCAAAGGUUGAGAUGGUUAAUGCCUAAAUUCUUGGGCAUCUCUAAUGCAGUUGUCACAGUUACCUCAAACAUCUUUUUUCAGCAAAGUACUCAGCAUGACUUCAUCUUAAAGCAAGGUAACGUCCCGAAACAGUACUGUGGUAUUGUCGGCAAGCUCCAAAAAAAUGUCAGUGUUUAAAGUGCUUUGCUGAAUUUUUGCCUAUUUUCGGAGUAUAAAACUGCCAGCUACUCGAUCUCAUCUCCUGCAGUAACUGGAACCAGUAGAAAGUGUAAUGUGCCAGUGGGCUCAGUGUGAUCAGCGCCUGUACGAAGAGCAGCUUUGGAGCUGAAAUGGAAUCCGGCUGUGUUGAGGCUGUUGAGUUGCAGCAACAGGCUGUAUUCUGCCAAGCAAAGCUAAUGCCAGGGGUUCAGCAUUUGUUCUGGUACGUUGGGUGAACCUGCAGAAACUUCACGAAGAGCAGGGUUUGGCCCCUAUAUGGAAGGCAGCUCUGGAAGCUGUCAGUGAUGCUGAUCUGUUAUCUUUGUGGUUUUUUUUUUUGUUUGUUUUGUUUUUUUCCUGUAGUGGAAGAAUAUAAAUGCACUACAUGUAUAAAAAGUUGCUUUAAAUCAGUUUGGAACCUCUGCCAUUUCUGAUGUUUUCCUCAUCCUAAAACACUGCUGUGUAUGUACUGUAUUAAUUUGCACCUGAUUCUACAGACUGUACUGUCUGAAUUAAAAUACAGUUCACACCCCUGCUGUGUUUUAUAAUUUCAGUAUGGAUCCCAAGUGCUGCAUAUAAAUUGUUUAUCCUUUAAUGUUCUCGGCUGCUAAGCUUUCCCUAUUGACAUUUUAAAUGUCCCUGGUAAACAUGCAUUAGAAAUUCUGAUACUGAAGUAUGUGUGCCUCCGCUGUUCAACAAAAUUUUUCUAAUGUAAAACUUCCAGCGCCUUACUCAAGUUUCUAAUUCGAAAAAAAUGUGGAUGGGAGGGUGAAAGUGUCAGCAUUAUUAUUAUUUUUAAAUCAGUCAGUUACUGGUUCAUGAAGAAUGCAUACUUUGUUAAUCUGUGAUGUUGCCUAGAGCUGUAUUUAAUAUUGAUCUUAAUGUUUUUAUUUAUAAUAGUGUGGUAGAGCUGCAUAUCAUUACAGUAAAAAUUCUGAUUACUGUGAUGAUUUAAACAAACAUUAAAAACUUCUGUAUGACCAUU